AUGGUGUCUCUAUUCAGGAUUGCUUUCGUCACCUUCGGGGUGAUUCAUGGCGCAAAUGCGUGGGGCGUACUAGGCCACGCGACUGUUGCCUAUGUGGCACAACAUUACAUUUCUUCUGAAGCCGCAUCAUGGGCACAAGAAAUUCUCAAUGAUACUUCCAGCUCAUACCUAGCAAACAUUGCUUCUUGGGCAGAUCAAUACCGCCUCAAAGAUGACGGCAAAUGGUCAGCCCCUUUGCACUACAUUGAUGCCAUGGAUGACCCGCCAACAAGCUGCAACGUGGACUACGAGCGCGACUGUGGAGCUGAAGGCUGCUCGAUCUCUGCCAUUGCCAACUAUACCCAGCGUGCAGGGGAUAGCAAACUCACUACUGCCAAUACCGCCGAAGCUCUCAGAUUCCUCGUGCACUUCCUUGGCGAUCUCACGCAGCCAUUGCACGACGAGAACUACGAGGUUGGCGGAAAUGGCAUCAGUGUCACUUUCAACAACUACUCUGACAACCUUCAUUCGGACUGGGAUACAUACAUGCCUGUACAGCUGAUUGGCGGUAGUUCGCUCGCCGAUGCGCAGGGAUGGGCCGACAGCCUGGUCGAUGAAAUCACUUCCGGCACCUACAAAAAGCAAGCAGCGAGCUGGAUCAAAGGCGAUACCAUCAGUGAUACUAUCACCACUGCCACUCGAUGGGCAUCGGAUGCCAAUUCUUUUGUCUGUACUGUUGUCAUGCCGGAUGGAGCCGCUGCCUUGCAGACUGGCGAUCUAUACCCGACAUACUACAACUCCGCCAUCGGCACGAUCGAGCUCCAGAUUGCUAAAGGCGGCUACCGACUAGCCAAUUGGCUCAACAUGAUUUACAAGCAGAAUGUUGCUGCUAAGAAUACGCCAGGGAAAUUCGGCAAAGGGCACCGACAGCCUGAAUUUGUCCGCGAGCCUCACCAUGAGCCUAAUAAGAUGAGCCGCGCAAAUCUAGCUAGAGCUGCUAUGGGAGGAUCUUGCUGCAAAUCAGAAGGACGUGAGCAUAGCCAUUGA